CGUUUACUUCCUGUAGCAGACAACAAGAUAAUGGCUGUCCUCCUUCGAGUCGUGCCAAGGUGGCAGGGUCCAGCUGCAUGGGGGAGGCCUUUCCACCGACUAUGGUGCUGCACUGGGCAGGAGACUUCCAAAAGGUGGGUGGGGAGCAGUUCUCCCACCUCACAGGAGAAGCCACCAGGCCCAGAGAUGGAGAAAUUCCACACAAUCUACAGAUUCAAUGCCAUCAGAGUGCUUGGCUUCAUAUCUCAGCUGAAGUUGGCACAGACAGGCCUGACUGUGGUGGCCCUGCCUCCAGGCUUCUACCUGUACUCACAAGGCCUCCUGACCCUCAACUCACUGUGCCUCAUGAGUGGGAUCACCAGCUUCGCCCUGGGCAUGCUGUGUUGGAUGAGCUACUUCUUUCGCAGGCUGGUGGGCAUCCUGUAUGUGAAUGAGUCAGGUACCCUGCUUCGAGUGGCCCACCUGAGCUUCUGGGGCUGGCGACGGGACACAUACUGUGCCGUGUCCGACAUGAUACCCCUGUCAGAAUCUAAGGACCGGGUCCAGGAUGUGUUUGUGCGCAUCCAGCAGUAUAAUGGCAAGCAGACCUUCUACCUUACCCUACGCUAUGGCCGCAUCCUGGACAGAGAACGAUUCUCACAAGUGUUUGGAACCCUGGCUACACACAAGUAAAGAACAGCAACUAGGUCUCGUAGCCCUGGUUACUUGGAUUUUAGACGGAAGGCAAGAGCAGGAUGAGGCAGAAGCUAAUUACCAGGGGCUGGGGCUGAAGCUCAGUUGGUAGACUGCUUGUGUAGCAUGCAGGAAGUGGAGCCUUGGGUUCAAUCCCUAGCACCACAUAUAACCAGGCGUGAUUACACAGUAUUCCUGUACUCAGUACUGGUGAUAGAGGCACGUGGAGAAGAAGUUCAAGGUUGUUCAUGGCCAAAAAAGGUAUUGACCAACUUUAGGAAAAAGCCCUUAGUGAAACAUUGUACUGUAUAGGACAUUCCAUCAGAUAGCAGCCAGAGAAAAGGCAGUUCCUGGAGAGUGCUAUGCCAAGAUCACCAAGGCAGCCCACUGCUGUGAAGCCAGAAGGCAGGAAGUUGGUAGAGGAACACAGGAUAUGGAGUUUGGAGACAUGGAUUCUGCUGGCCUCAGCUCCUUUUCCCUGAGCAGGGCACUGAGUCUCCGAACCUUGAAUUGCACUCUGAGAUGGAAGGUCCUACCACUGUCAUAGGGACGAAUAUGAAAAUAGCCAGUACUGGUGGAGGCUGGGCAUGUGGCUUCUCGGAGGAGCUCUUGCCUGGCACUGGUAAACUGUAAAGUUCCACCCUCAGGCAAAGCAGGAACUGCUGAGCGCUGUGUAAGGUGAGCAACCCAGAGCUUAAAACACAGGCUGCCACUGGGGACCUGAGAACCCUGCACUGCUUCUCAUGCUUACCAGCUGGGUGAGCAGGGCAGAAGCCAGAGUGGGCGGGGUUUCCCAUCAGGAAGUCUACACACCCACGAAGGAAGGGACAGCAUCUGCCUAAGAAUAUGUUGAUCACCAGGAGGUCCAGGGGCCCUUACAUUGGGUUCUUUGCAAUGUUGUCAGGACAGAGGGAAUCUGCCCAAGCAACAAUUUAUCAGCUGAAGGAGACUGUAUAUGCUGCUUUUCAUAACAACAACACAUGCUUAUUAGGUAGAUUGUACCAGAAUAAAAAGGAAAGCAGCCGUGAUCUUUGUAAUUUGUCCACUUGAAAUGCUUUUUGUUUUGUUUUUUGUUUUUGUUUUUUUUUCAGUAAUUUUUUUUCUUGAAGAAUUUUUCUUUUAAAAUUACAUUGAUUUACUUGUGUGUGUACCACUGCAAAUAUCUGGAGUCUUCUUCCUUAUACCUAUUGGUUCUUAGGGGUUAAAUUUGGGUUUUCAGGUUUGCUUGCAAGCACAUUUACCCACUGAGCCAUCUUUCUGGUCCUCUAGCCAUUCACUGCUAGAAAAUAAGCAGAGCAUGAACAACAGUAGACAUACCAAAGUGUGUGUUUGGCAGCAGACAACACCAGGCCUCAAUCCUACACAAAGAACUACAAGUAACUUAGAAUUUCUGAGAGCAGGAGAAAUAGGGUUCCUCUGGGAAGAGCACACCAGUUAUUCAAUAUGAAGUGGUUAACCCUAAACAUAUACACACCAAGUACAUACUUAGGUUACACUUAGCAAUACACAUAUACACUUAACAAUAAUUAAUGAAAAAAGAAGCCAUGAAUUUGAAAGGGAAGGGGAAAAUUAUGUAAUUUCCACCUCAAAAUGUUAAAAAGUGCCUAUCAAAUUGUAACCAUUUUUCUUGUUGAGGGCAUGAAGCACACCCUCUGUUGUGCAGCCAUCACUGCUGUCUAAUUCUUAGGCUUCACUAUCCUGGAUAGGAUCUCCAUACGAAGGCUGAAGUUGUCAUCAUCCUUCAUCUCUGUCUCCGUUUGUUUUUAGGCAGCAGCUAAUUUCUGAAUUUGUUACUCUGUAAACAGAUCAUGGUGUGUUUCCUCCCGUGUUUGCCAGCUUUUACUUGGUGAAAUGUUUUCAAGUUGUUUCAUUGUUCUUCAUGACUUGACUCUUGGGGGUGCAGUUGGGGCCGAGAGAAAGUGUGUGUAUUUACCAACUCAGCCAGGUCAGUGGACAUUUGGGUUACUUCCACCCCUUGGCUGUUGUGAACAACAUAAAUAUAAAGUGCUUGUUGG